AAAAUGGGCUGUUCGGCUUCGUAUAGACCACUGGUGGUUGUUGGACCUUCAGGUGUUGGAAAAGGCACUUUGAUACAGAAAGUCUUUGAUAGAUAUGUUGACAAGUUCUCUUUCUCUGUGUCUUAUACUACCAGAGCUCCAAGACCAGGAGAGGAGAAUGGGGUUCACUACCAUUUCAUCGAACAAGAGCAAUUCCAGAAAAUGGAGGAUGAAGACGGCUUCAUUGAGUCGUGAGAUGUUCACACUAAGAAGUACGGAACUGCUGUUUGUGAGCUAGACAGAAUCAAGAAGGAGAAGCGUAUCCCUGUCCUUGACAUUGACGUUCAGGGAGCCUCUAAAGUGCAUUCCAAGGGCAUUGCUUCCUUGUUCAUCUUCGUUAAGCCCAUCGACUCAGACAACCUUGAUGAGAUCAGGAAGGUCCUCUCAGAGAGGCUUCAUGGAAGAGGUACUGAGAAUGAGGAACAAAUCCAGGGAAGAGUCGACAAGGCUGCAGGAGAGAUCGAAGCCUUCCAGAAGUCCAGCUUUUUCAACUACACUCUUGUUAAUGAUGAUCUUGAGAAAGCCGCCCAGAGAUUCUUUGAAAUUCUUGAGAAAGAAUAUAAGAAGGAGCUUGAUUAGUUUAAAACUUUAUCAUCGAAAUUUAAUAUCAAUAAUUGAUCUA